UUUCCUGUAUCACUUCAACCCUCUGUUAUAGACAUCUCAGAGUAUGCUUUUCUUUUGCAUUUUCUUCUACUAAGUCGCCCCAAACAAAGUCCAAAACCAGAUCUUUCCUUGUAUUUGCUUGAACGUACUUUUACUGUAAUUGUUGAUCACUAGAUUUUUCACUCCUUCCCCUUCUUCUGGAUCCCCUGCUUCUCUUUCAGUAAGCAGCAAUAUCCAAAUCACUUCAUAUUUUAACUUGUAAUCCGAUUCUAUCCAAUUUUUGCAUCUAAAUUUCGCUGCUCUAUUUUCUCUAAGGAAGGAAAAGGAAAAGGGGUUGAGAAUGGAAGAAACUGCAGGGAAUGCUGUUUUAGAAGUUGGAAAGGGCUUAUCUGCUCCUGUAAGGCGUCAAUUUAUGUACUUGUACAACUACAAGAGCAACUUUGACGAUCUCAAAAAAGAAAUUGGAAAGCUCAAGGAUGCAAGAGAGGAGGUGAAGCGUAAGGUUGUUGCGGCUCAAAACAACGUGGAAACGAUCAAACAGCAGGUUGAAGACUGGCAGAGGGAUGUGGAUUCCAUCAUUGUUGAAGCAGAGCAGUUGAUUCAAGAGAAAACAAACAGCCGAUGUUUCAACUUGAUCACCUGUUACAAAAAUAGCAGGAAAGCAUCGAAAAAGGUGGAGGCUGUAACUGAAUUCCUGCAGGAAAAAGAAACAUUCAUUCAUAAAGUUUCUUUUCCUACCACUCGUGAAGACAAUAUUCGGCUUAAGAACAAAGAUUACGAGGAAUUUGAAUCAAGACUCUCAACUUUGAAAGGUGUGUUGAACGCUGUAGAAGAUGCCGAGGUAGGCAUUAUCGGGGUUUACGGAAUGGGUGGCAUUGGCAAAACCACGCUGGUCAAAGAAGUUGGUCAGCAAGCCAAGAAAAAACAGCUCUUGGAUGAGUUGGUUUUCGUAGAGGUAUCUGAUAAACCAGACACUAAAAAGAUUCAAGAUGAACUAGCAAAUCAGUUAAGUCUGAAAUUUGAGCCGGAGGGAGAAAGAGCAAAUAAGUUGUAUGCAAGAUUGAAGACAGAUAAGAAAAUCCUUGUAAUUUUAGAUAAUAUCUGGGAACAAUUAAAUUUGGAGGCUCUAGGAAUUCCUUGUGGAGAUGAUCGUGGGGGUUGUAAAGUAUUGCUGACAGCAAGAGAUCUUAAUGUGUUACCGAGUAUGGAUUCUGUGAAGUAUUUCCAAGUGGGUUUUUUAACCGAAGAAGAAGCUUGGAGCCUGUUUAAAAAGAUGGCGGGUGAUAUUGUUGAUCAAACAAUUAUUAAGCGGGAUGAUCUGCCAAAUGACGUAUGUAAGGAAUGCAGAGGCUUGCCAAUCGUCAUUACUACAAUAGCAAGAGCGUUAAGGAACAAGAGACUUCGAUCUCAAUGGAAAGAUGCGUUGCGGGAAUUGAAGAUGCCUUCCCCGACAAAGUUUGCAGGGUUACUGGAAAAGGAAUACUCAAAGAUAGCAUUGAGUUACAAUUAUCUAAAAGGUGAUGAACUCAAGAGAACUUUUUUAAUUUGUAGUCUAAUGGUAAAUGAUACUACCAUUUCUUCGAUGAUCGCGGCAAGGCCGUCAGCCGGGCGCCGAGACGGCCUAGUGUAG